GUUAUGUUCUAUGCUUGUUUUCGAUUUUGUUGAAUUCGUUUUGCAAUUUUUUCUCGUUUUCGUUUGCAUCUUGUGCUUGGCGUCAGGGUGUUUUUUAUAUUGAAAGUUAGUACUUAUCCAAUUACUAUUGAUAAUUUCUAAGCUUUUGUUGUAUGUAAUGAGUAGUAGAGAGGGAAGUGGUUCACCUGGAGUACCAGGAGAAGGCAAUAUGAACGACCACGAUCGGCGAGAAGAAUCCCCAAGAAACCACAAGGGCAAAAGCUAUUCUAGAAGUGCAAGCCGUUCCAGGAAAGUAUACAGAGAUGGUGAUAGGGAAAGGCGUAGAGGAGGUGAUCGUGAGGAAAGAGAAAAAAGAUCUCGCAGCCGGUCGCGCUCCCGCCGCAACAAAUCCUCGAAACGCUCACGCAGUCGUUCGCGCUCGGGCGGCUACGGUCGCGGCCGGUCGUACUCGCACAGCCCGAUGUCGAGCCGAAAGCGGCACCUCGGCACCCGAGACAACCCGAAGCCGUCGCGGUGCAUCGGCAUCUUCGGCCUCAGCGUGUACACCACCGAGGACGAGCUGUACCAUCUGAUGUCGAAGUACGGGCCGCUGGAGCGGGUCCAAGUGGUCAUCGAUGCCAAGACUGGAAGGUCUAGAGGUUUUGCGUUUGUAUAUUUCGAAAGUUCUGAGGAUGCGAAAGUAGCAAAAGACCAAUGCACAGGAAUGAAAAUCAAUGGGAAAAGCAUAAGAGUUGAUUUUUCUAUCACAGAGAGACCCCACACACCGACUCCUGGUAUCUACAUGGGAAAACCCACAUACAAAUAUGAAAGGGAAAGAGACAGAUAUGACAGGCGCAGGGGAGAUAGAGAUGAUUAUUACUACGAGGGAGGUCGUUCCUCUCGCCGCCGUCGAUCACCUUCCCCGUAUUACGGCAGCAGCAGCCGAAGGAGACGCUAUUCCAGAUCGAGAAGUUAUUCGCCACGUCGGUACUAAACUUCUUGGACGGACUUCAUUUAUAAUGAGGAGAUCUUAAGAUUUAUCAAUUUUUGAGUUUAUUCCAGCAUUCACCAAUGUGUUUUUGAAGAGAGCAUAAACUCGUUAUUUUGUACCAUUAGACGCGUUACUUUGUUUGAUGUCAUGAAUAUGGCAUAUGUUUGAAUUUUUAUUGUAACAAUUUCACCAAAUGAUUGAUCCAAUAUGAAUAUUUUAGGUUAUUAAUUUCGAUGGUGUGUCAUUACUUUAGCAUUAAAUAAAUGUACAAUAUGAAACUAAUA